UGCCUGGUUCUGCUGCUCCAUGACACUAAGCGCUUCCACCAGUGCAGGGACUCUGGACCACUCUUCCUCUUCUGGAUUGUCUCCCUGCUCUGUGGGGUGUUCCCGCUCCAGACACUGGUCCGGAAGGCACUGCUGGGCCUGGUUCCUGACCUGCCACGGUUCAGCCUCUUCCUCAUCUCCUAUGGGCUCCAGUUCCUCCUCUUGAUCAUCUCUGCUUUCUCGGAUGUCGCCCCAGAAACAGAGGAAAUGGCCAAGAAGAACCCAGAAGUCACAGCCUCCUUCCUGAGCUCUAUCACCUUUAGCUGGUACAGCAGGUAGGCAAAGCAGGGCGG